AACAAAAAAUAGAUUUAUAGGGUCCGAGGGAGUUAGGAACUCUGAUGGCACUCCCUGCCGUUCUCCUGCUUCGUCACUCCGGCAAGACACUCACCCUCACCUCUUCGUGGUCAUGUUCGCGGCGCGCCACACUCUCUUCCGCUUCCUGUAGCUGCCGACAAAGGAAGCAAGCUCCGGCGCCGCCGCCGCGGUCCCCGAAGAAGGUGCCGUUCAGAGUUUUGGUUCACGGGAAGACGCUAGAAGAUCCAUAUCAUUGGAUGUCCAACACCGACGAUCCCAAUCUGUUGGACCAUCUCCACCGCGAAAAUUCCUACGCCGAAGCCUUCAUGGCUGACGCCCUCCCUCUGCAGUCUGCCUUGGCUUCCGAGAUGAAACGACGAAUCCCCGCCGCCGUUUCCACUCCCCCGGAGCGUUGGGGACCCUGGAUGUAUUACCAAUACAUUCCAGAGGGAAAGGAAUAUCCUGUACUGUGUAGGAAGCUGGAAAAUGAGAGCAGUGGUUGGCCGGCGGCUUUUCGUCGUUGUGGAUUGGCUAGACCAGAAAGGGAGGAAAUUUUGCUUGACUGGAAUGAACUUGCAGAGAAAUAUGGGUAUGUCCAUGUUGGUACAUGUAGGGUUUCACCAGACCACAACUAUCUUGCAUUUGUUAGCCUGGCAUGGGCUCGAGAUGCAACUUCUUUGUUUUAUACUCUGUCAGAUGAAAACCAGAGACCUUACAGAGUUCUAUGCAGAAGACUUGGAUGCGGUCCUUCGAAUGACCUCCCAGUACUUACAGAAAGUGAUCCCAGUUUUUGUGUUGACAUAACAAGCACAAAGGAUGGCAAGUUCAUAACUGUGAAUUCAAACUCAAGGACAUCAUCCGAGGAAGGAACUUAUAUAUCUCCUUUUGUUUAUGUUAUAAAUUCAGCCAAUCCAAUGGAAGGGAUACAAAGGAUAUGUAAACGUACUUCUGGUGUACAGUACUUUGUGGAACAUCACACUGGUUUAUUUUAUAUCCUUACCAACUCUCCAAUGCCCGAUUCUAAGUGGUCUGGUGAUGGUUACUACCUGGUCAGAUGUCAAGUUGAAGAUAUAGAGUCAACUAAAUGGCUGAACAUCAUCCUCCCUGAUGAUGAUACGAGCAUACGUGACAUGGACAUUUUUAAUGGACAUUUGGUUCUUUCCCUCAAUAAAAGAGGUUUUCCUUUGUUGUGUUCCUUGAAUCUUCCCAUGCAAAGUGAUUUGAAGUAUCAGGUAUAUAUUGCAGACCUGAAACCAUGGUACUUUCCUCAGCCAUCUAGCUCAUGCAGUGUGAUUCCUGGUUCAAAUCAUGACUUUCUGAAUUCAGAGUAUCGUGUGGUGCUCUCAUCACCUGUGAUGCCUGAUGUAAUUGUUGAUUAUGACAUGUCAAGACAUACAUAUUCAGUUGUGCAGCAAGAGGAAGUAAAUUGUGUUUCUACUGGCCAGUUUUGCAUUCAAUCUUUGGAGCUACAUGAGAAUAAAAUUCAUGAGGGAUAUAAUAAGAAAGAAUGUAUCAUGAAUUCUGAAUCACAGAUUUGGAAGGACCUUUCUCGAAUAUACUGUUUGCAGAGGGAGGAAGUUAUUUCUCAUGAUGGUGUAAAGGUUCCACUUACCAUUGUGUACUCGAGAGAAUCGUGGCAGCAGUAUAAAUCCCCAGGUCUUUUAGUAGGUUAUGGAGCUUAUGGAGAAGAUUUGGAUAAGGGCUGGUGUUCAGAUCGGCUUAGUUUACUGGAUCGAGGUUGGGUAGUGGCAUUUGCUGAUGUCAGAGGAGGUGGUGGUGGUAAUUCGUCAUGGCACAGGUCUGGGAGUGGGUUAAACAAGCACAAUUCAAUACUUGACUUUGUAUCUUGUGGUAACUAUCUAGUUAGUGAGGGUUAUGUUCAGAGUGAUCAGCUUGGUGCCAUUGCAUGGAGUGCAGGCUGUGUUGUUGUUGGUGCAGCUAUGAACAUGUAUCCACAACUCUUCCGUUCUGCCAUAUUAAAGGUACCAUUUCUUGAUGUAUGCAACACAUUGUUGGAUCCUAGUUUGCCCCUCACAGUCUUAGACUAUGAAGAAUUUGGAAAUCCGAAAAUACAGUCAAACUUUGAUUCUAUUUUUAGUUAUUCUCCUUAUGACAACAUUCCUCAACGCAGUUGCUUUCCUUCUGUUUUGGUUACAGUGGCAGUCAAUGAUUCAAGGGUUGGAGUUUGGGAAGGUGCAAAGUGGGUGGCUAAAGUACGAGACAGUACAUGUCCUAAUUGUUCUCGUUCAGUUAUCAUGAAAACAAGUAUGAUAGGAGGUCAUUUUGGCGAAGGUGGUCACCAUAGUCAAUGUGAUGAAACAGCUUAUGAGUAUGCUUUCCUCAUGAAAACUUUUGGGAUCUUAAAGGAUUAAGUAAAUUUUACGACUAUGGCUGUUGGAAGGUUAUUUUUUAAUUAGUUUGAAGAGUUCCAUUUCUAGGCCAAGGAAGACAAAUUGUUUCUAUCCUUAGCACAAAGCAAGAAUUAGGCCUUGGAGAUUCAGGUUCGAUUUGCUGCACUCUUCCAAGAUAUGCAAUUGUAUGUUUGCUGGAGUUAGCAACAUAAUGUUAAAUGCUUUCUAUUCUUUUGAUAUGAAGAGACCUCGUAAACUAACUUGGAAAGUUAAAUAUUUUACUGUGGAGAAACUUCCUUUCUGUGUUCACUCUGCAAAAUCCUCCAACCCUGUGAGGUGGCGAUGGAACCGGAGAUUGUGAUAGACCCGGAUUACGGAUUGUGUUUCCCAUUUGCUAAUUUAGAUAUGUAUUUUUAGAAUUUGCCAUUGGACUUUGGAUUAUGGACUUUUGAUACUUGAAAAAGACGCGUGUUUGUCUAUUAGAUAAUUCUAAGUCUAGGUCUAGUUUUCUUGAUUGAAUUGUUGAGUUAAUCACCCAUUCACCAUGCACAACCAGAAAUAUUGUCACUUUAGUUAAUGUAAAAAAAUGUGACUAUAUUAUUAUCA